AUGUCUUCAGGACAAGGCUCAGGAAAGCAAAAGGCAAAAAAGGCCAAUUUUGCCCCACAAGCUGCAGGUCAUGAGUCCAAACAGAUCGUACCACGAAACGAGGCAGACAACAGGUCUGGAGCUAGCCAAGCUGUGGUCCCAUAUCAGCCAUCACAAGCCCAGCAACAAAACACCAUGCUUGUUCCAAAAGCAAGCAAAAUAUUGACAGAGCAGGAGAAAUGGAACCUUAACACAGGAACCUGUUUAAUUAAUUGUGCGGGCAGAUGUGUUAUGUCACAGAGAUAUACAGUAAAGCCCAUAGUUCCAGCCAAAAAGGCUGAGCUCGUCUCUGUUGCCAAAGCAAUGCAUAGAGAAGAAUUUGGGACACGGGUAAAGGAACUAUUUGAUCCUGAGAAAGAAGCAGCACUGGAUGCUCUUCAAACAGGGAUCUAUAUUGGAUGGCGAUGCCCUGAAUACAACUGGGACUGCAUCAGAGUUGGAGUUAAGUCAAAAUGUUUUUGUGGACACCUCCUUGCUGAACAUGCACGGUUUACUGCUGACGUUUCGGUGCCCUGUGCAGUUGCCGGCUGCCAAUGUAGAGCUUAUGCCUUCAUCCCUUCCCGUCCUGAAGAUGUUGGUGAAUUCUGGCUGAGAAAACGAAGAAACUUUGACCCAAGCACCUGGAGAGCUAAAUGUCGUUGUAAGCAUAACCAUGAAGAACACAAUACUGGUGGAAGCCACAGUUGCAAGUUUGGGGGUUGCAUGUGCCAAAGUUUUGAUUCUAAUUUCCUCUGUGCAGCCUGUGAUAAACAUUGGGAACAACAUCAAACAUUUUUCGAAACAGAAGCACAUAGAAAAGAAGCUGGGCUCCCAUAUGGUGAAGCUUACCUGCCCUUUGCAGAAAUGCCCAAGUUACGAAAUGCAGUCCUGUCAGGAAAUGAGGAAGAUGAUUCUGCAUAUCAAACCAUUACGAGCGGCACAGGAUCCUAUUCUCGUUUAGGGCCUUCUUCCAGCUCAGCAAGGCCCGCUUUACCACCAAACAGGAAUCCAAAAGGCAUUUGA